GUUUUAAAGAAGAGGGGGUGCCAGCCCGUCCUAACCCUAGGUAUCUUCUUCUUUUGCUCGCUUUAUCUCCAUCGCAAUCCCUGGUAGUGAUAGCUUUUGCGACCAAGAUCUCGAGCUCCGAUCUGCUCAUCUCGGAUUCCUAUUACACCAUGGGCUCCAGGAAGGGUGACAAUCCUCACUCCGGCGAUGGUGCCAGUCCUGGCAAAAUCUUCAUUGGAGGGCUAGCUAGAGAUACAACACUUGAACAAUUCGUCAAGUAUUUUGAGAAGUAUGGGGAGAUAACAGACUCGGUGAUAAUGAAAGAUCGGCAUACGGGUCGACCCAGGGGUUUCGGUUUCAUUACUUACGCAGAUCCUUCUGUCGUUGACCACGUUAUUCAGGAGAACCAUGUGAUCAAUGGGAAGCAGGUGGAGAUCAAAAGGACGAUUCCAAAGGGCUCAUCUCAGGCUAAUGAUUUUAAAACUAAGAAGAUAUUUGUUGGUGGUAUUCCAACCUCAGUAAGCGAAGAUGAAUUGAAGAACUUCUUUUCAAAGUAUGGGAAGGUUGUGGAGCAUGAGAUCAUUCGUGAUCACACUACUAAACGCUCUCGAGGAUUUGGAUUUGUAGUGUUUGACAGUGAAAAAGUUGUUGAUAAUUUGCUGUCAAAUGGAAACAUGAUUGAUAUGGCUGGUACUCAGGUUGAGAUCAAGAAGGCUGAACCCAAGAAAGCCUCAAACCCAACAUCUUUUCCUCCAUUUGGUAGUGAUAGGGCACGCCCAUACAGUGAUGGUUAUGGUGGAUUUGGCGAAUCCUAUAGCAGUUUUGGCAGUGGCAGUUUUGGUCCUGCUUCUUAUAGGUCACUUGGAGGUUUUGGCAGCAGGCUUGGUGAUUACAGUGGGUACGGUGGUGAUGAAUUUGGUAGUAGUUUUGGAGGCUAUGGUGGUGGUGGUGGUGGUUUUGCUGGCUACCGAGGUGAUUCAUCAUUUGGCUAUUCUAGCCGCUAUGGUUCCUAUAUGGGGAGCCUUGGUGGUGGAUAUGGUGGAAGUGGGCUAGGUGCAUAUGGGCGAGGCGCUGGGGGCUUUGCAAGCUAUGGUGGACCUGGUUCUGGUGGGGGUUAUGACUCUGGCCCUGGUGCUGGCUAUGGUGGGCCGGGGGCACUAUAUGGUAGUAGAGGAGCUUAUGGAGGCAGUAGUCGUUACCACCCUUAUGCAAGAUAGAUUUAUGCCUAAGCUUUGCUAUAGAAGAUCCGUGCAGGUCUAAGCAUCACAUUUCAUAGGCAAAGGGCACUUAAUGCAGGUGACCACUAUCUAGAAGUCAGAUGAACCGUUAGCAAGUCUUUAUUACAGUAUUGCGUAGACAGCGGAAGGUAGAAUCUCAUCAGUCUAGAGCUCCACGUCUGCAAUCAGCUGUGUUUCUAGUUAGGCAUAUCUGUUUUUUUCCCUUUGAUAAUGAGAUUGUUGCAAGUUAGAUUGUCAUAUUUCUAGAUAUGAUCUUCUAGUUAGAAUCACAGUGGAGUUGUGUGAAUCAUGAUCGUUCUAUGAGUUUGCUUGGCAAGCCUAUGUUAAAGAUGAUGACAUCCUUUGUAGGAUUCUGUUUCCUAUUAUUAGUUUUAUGUUUAGCUGUAUAUUGUUUAUGAUAGUUUUUAAUUAGUGUCAGCAGGUUAUUGAAGUCACAUGGUGACUUGAAGGGUUGGUUCCCUGCUGAGGUAUUGCUGUUAGCUGUAGUAAUCGAAAUCAUAGAAAGGAUCAGACUAUUGAUCCCUGCCUUUAAUUUGGAAAUCUUAGAUUCUUUAAGUGAUUUUGCAAUGGAUAUUUGGUAUCCGUUUUCUCCUCUUAGCCCUCUUCUCUGAGGGGAUUAAAUGAAAUUCUAUGUUAUGUUAAUUCUGGGCGUAUUUUAAGCUUGAUUGUCUUAGUGCAUCAAUGGACUUGGAAGUUUUCAAUUAAAUUUUUAACCAACUCAUAUCAGGGACUUGGUUCUAAGUAUCUAAAUGAAUAAUGUAUUCAGCAGUUUCAGUGCCGCUGCAUUUCCUCCAAUUAUUUUUAGUACUGCUGCUUCUCCUCCAACCCCAAUCUAUACUCUACCUGGGUGAUAUAUGUGUCAUGUUUCAGCCUUCUACCACGGUUAAUUCCCCUACCUAGAUGAAUGUUGUAGUCAUACCCUUCUCAUGCCAUCAUUUGGAAGUUUGGUUGAGAUAUUCUAAAGGUGUUAUUGGUGGCGAUUAGAUUGCUGCUUUUGUUAUAAAAUAAAAUCGUGUUUUGCCCCCCUUCCAUGCCUCUUUCUGUUAGGGAGAAAAGUGAGAAGCUUAAGUUGUAUGUGCUUUGAACCUUGGUGUUUGUGCAAAUUUGAUGUUUUAUUGCCAUUCCCGAUUCUUUGUAGCAAAAACUGAAUGAAAAUCCUUGGAUCUGUGUAGCUGAUACAUCAAAAUAGUUUACUAGUAAUAAUUAAGUGGAAUUAAAAUUAUGCAUAGUCAACUGAAUUUUUGGGGCAUGUCUUUUGACGUCAAUAAUGACUCUCCAUGCCUUUUUUGCCCCCCUCAAUGAACUAUUUAUUUUAUUAGCUUCUCUUUUUCUGAAUGAAAGGCUUAUUUGGUUUAUAAAUGUUAUGCUUUGGUGGAGACACCUCCAUUUUAUGCUACCACUUAUGGUCCUUGAUGACUUCUUGUAUCUUACUGGUUCAUUCUGCUACAAAUCUCAAAUUCUUGUUUUUUGUUUGGAAAUGUAUCCACUUGAAAGGGAUGAUAAUUUUCCAGGUUAGAAUUGAUUAACCACAUGUUUUUGGUGAAGAUUUUUCUGCCUGCUUAUUUGAUUGCAUAAAUGUUUUGAUUGCCAGUGAACACUUUACUGGGCCCUGCAUAUGGUUAUAACCUUGCGCAUCUAUAAUUUUUCUUCAGAUUAAUAGGGGCUUUUGUGGCUUUGCAAUUUAUUAUUAUUGUAAUUCAUAGUUCAUUGUG